GACCGACCCGUUACUGAAACGUUGGAGACUGGUGAUUACGACCAGACCCGUCAUGAUGAACAUUCAGUCGGUGGGAGUGCAUCAAAAUUUGUCAGAUCCUGACAUCACACCCGGAGAAGUCCACAAAAGUGUAGAACCAUCAGAUAAUGUUCCUUCAAUGAAGGAACCAUCCAUCGAGAAUUUUGAUGACUAUGCCAUUGGUACACAGUCUGAGCAGCAGAACACCUGGACUUUUCUCCGUUGCUUUCCGGGAAUAUCCGACAAUUUAAGUCGUGAUUUGAUGCCAUACGAAUGGUUAAUUUUCAAUCAGACCCACCCGUUACUGAAACGUUGGAGACUGGUGCUCACAACCAGAUCCGUACCGGAGACCACUCUUGGAGAAGACGAUGGACGAGUAGAACCAACGGAUCCCGUCCCUCCAACGAUGGAGCCGUUGACCUGGUAUUUUGAUUACUACUAUGCCACUCGAUAUGCACAGUCUGUGUCUGCUACCUGGAAGUUUAUCGGUAAAAAAAUUCGAAAUUCCAAGAAUGCCUCUUAUGAUGUUAAGCUGCGCGAUUAUUUAAUAUUUAAUGAGACUGAUCCGUUACUGAAACGUUGGAGACUGGUGAUUACGACCAGACCCGUCAUGAUGAACAUUCAGUCGGUGGGAGUGCAUCAGAAUUUGUCAGAGCCUGACAUCACACCCGGAGAAGUCCACGGAAGUGUAGAACCAACAGAUAAUGUUCCUUCAAUGAAGGAACCGUCCACCGGGAAUUUUGAUGACAAUGCCAUUCCUGGUACACAGUCUGAGACACCAGAAAUAGAAAAUACUAUGGAACAUAAUCACCAGGAAAAUGAGCAGCAGAUCGCUAAAACUGGAAACGCCGCAAACAGCGCUUAUCAGAUGAAAAUCGAAGAAAAUAAAUCAAAAAUCAAAUUAGUUCGACCAUAUCCGUUGGAACGAGAUUUUAUGUAAUCCAGCUAUUCUGGUGGUUACGUAAGUACAGGUUUCACGUGGUGCAGUUUUUUCUCGUGAUUGCUACACAAAGGGCGACUAGGGCAAUAUUUCAAUCCCUGGAAAUCUAUAUUAACCGGUAUUUUUUAUUAUUUUAAUCCAUUUUUAUUUACCUAUUAUUACUUUAACGGACAAUCGUUAUGGAUUUUUUAGUUUUAUAUAGUUUGUUAUUAUACUAAUGUCAUAUUUAACUAGAAUAAAUUAUGACAUGCAUACAGUGCUAUACUGGUUUUUAUGA